AUGAGGUUUUCAUUGCAGGUCCUCGCGUUAGGACUAGGUGCUGUCACGACCCUUGCGGCCUCCUCCGACAAACCUCCCAAGAUCACACCAGCAUCUCGACAGAAUGAAGCCAAUUACACGGCGCCAUACUUCCCUCUACUUGGCUUUGAGCAAUAUGCGGGCAACCCUAUCAUGAGACCCGAUGCUAGCCAUCCAUGGGAGUCUGCAUACCUCUAUAACCCGAGCGCCAUCGUCAUGGAUGACAUGGUCUUUCUUCUCUAUCGCGCCCAAGACUCGCAAAAGACCUCCAGCAUUGGUCUUGCCUGGUCCAGCGAUGGGUACACCUUCACUCGGUACUCUCAGCCCAUCAUCUCUCCAACAGAGCCAUAUGAGACCCCAGGUGGAUGCGAGGACCCCCGAGUUGUCCGUGUGGAUGGAACGUUCUAUCUGACCUAUACUGCCUACGAUGGCGAAGUUGCUCGGCUAUGUCUUGCAACCUCGACCGAUCUCGUCAACUGGAAGAAGCACGGCCCUAUCCUGCCAGACUUCACUGAGACCGUGUACAACUGGCGCGAUCCCGUUACCUACUUCAGUUCCAACCCGCCCGGCUGGACCAAGAGCGGUGCUAUCAUUGACGAGCGCCAGCCUGAUGGUUACUACUAUAUGCAAUUCGGUGAUACAUACCUCUAUACCGCGAACUCAACCGACUUGAUUAACUGGGAGGUCUCUGGCUCCGGAAAGCCGUUUGCUCCUUUGAUGAAUGUCUGGGAGCAAGCUCUGACUGAGAGUGGACCGCCUCCGAUUAAAACGAGAGACGGUAAGUGGUUGAAGAUCUACAACGGGAUGGCCACUGGCGGUGUGGGUGGAUAUGCCGUUGGCCAGUAUAGCACUGGACAGAUGCUCAUUGAUCCGGCCAAUUCUCCCCUCGGCCCUCCCAUUGCACGCCUUGAGACUCCCAUCUUGCAGCCGACCACGGCUACGGAGAUCACUGGGCAAGUUGAUAAUGUCGUGUUCAGCGAAGGUUUGGUGCAAUUCAAGGGCAAGUGGCUUCUCUACUUUGGAGCAGGGGAUGCGUUCCUGUCUGUGGCUCAAACUCCUGUUCAGCACUAG